GACUAGCGGUACGCCGGCCUCCUGCGCCAGUUUCCUCUCUCGCCUCCUAUUGGAUGUCGAAUUAAAGCUCCCGGCGCUGAUUGGACGGCGGCUCCACGCGGCGGGUUUGAACGUGCGGCGGGGCAGCGCCGGCAGCACUGCGAUGGGGGACGCGGAGCUGCGCUGCACCGCCGUCGUGGAGCGGCCGCUGCCGGGGAGCGCGCGCCCUCUGCGCCGCGUGCUGCGGGGCGCGCUGGUGCUGCUGGGUCGCGACGAGCUGCGGCAGCCUGUGCUGCGCGUGGCCGGCGGCGGGGGGGAGGCGGCGGCGCUCAGCUUCGCUCUGGGAGGCGACGCCGUGCGGCUCUUCACGCGCUUCGCGGGGGAGGGCCGCGCGGCGGUGCGAGUGGGCCCGGGCGGCGCCCAGGUGCUGCUCUCCGACUGCCCGCCCGACGCCCUGCGCCGCUUCCUCCGCCUCCUGCGGCUCAAGUUGGCCGCCGGGCCGCGGGGCGUGCCGCGCCAGCCCCGCCUGCUGGGCCGCCCGCCGCCCUCCUUCUCCGUUAUCAGCCCGCUGCAGGAGCGCGACCUGCGGCGUGACCCCGAGCGGGACCGGGGCGGCGGGGAGCGCCCGGCGGAGGUACCUCGUGUGGAGAAGCGGCCCCGUGCCCGGCUGUCAGUGGAGCAGGAGGCAGUGCUGGGUGCUGUGCACAGUGGGAAGAGCAUCUUCUUCACUGGCUGUGCGGGGACUGGAAAGUCAUUCCUGCUGAAGAAGAUUGUGGGCUCCCUCCCUCCGAACAGCACCUACGCUACAGCCAGCACUGGAGUGGCAGCUUGCCACAUCGGUGGUACCACCCUCCACGCCUUCGCAGGGAUCGGCUCUGGGAAGGCACCACUGGAGCAGUGCAUCCAGCUGGCAGAGAGACCUGGGGUGCGGCAGCACUGGCUGGCCUGCCAGCGCUUAAUCAUCGAUGAGAUCUCCAUGGUGGAUGGCAAGUUCUUUGACAAGCUGGAGGCAGUGGCAAGGGCAGUGAGAAGACGAGAUGAGCCUUUUGGAGGAAUUCAGCUCAUCAUCUGUGGGGACUUCUUGCAGCUGCCCCCAGUCUGCAAGGCUAAUGAAGAAACCACAUUCUGCUUCCAGGCAAAAAGCUGGAGGAAAUGCAUCCACAUAAACAUGGAACUAACGGAAGUGCGAAGGCAGACUGAUAAGACCUUCAUCUCACUGCUGAGUGCAGUCCGUUUAGGCAGGUGCACAGAGGAGGUUAUCAGUCUGCUGAUGCAGACAGCUACUAACAGGUCUGAGCGUGAUGGGAUCCUGGCUACACGGCUCUGCACCCACAAAGAUGAUGUAGAACUGACAAACGAGAGGCGCUUGCGACAGCUCUCAGGAGAACUGCACACUUUUGAGGCUUUGGACAGUGACCCGAUGCUAGUGAAGUUAAUUGAUGCUCAGUGUCCUGUGGGUGGUAGAGUUGAGCUAAAGGUUGGAGCUCAGGUGAUGCUAGCUAAAAAUCUGGACGUGUCUCAAGGGCUGGUAAAUGGAGCACGAGGAGUUGUUGUAGGAUUUGAAACUGAACAGAAGGGGCUGCCCAAGGUGAGGUUUCUCUGUGGAGUCACACGAGUUAUCAAAAUGGAGAGGUGGCUCUUCAAAGGGCCAUCAGGAGUUCACCUGAGUCGCCAACAGUUGCCCCUAAAAUUGGCAUGGGCCAUUUCCAUUCACAAGAGCCAGGGCAUGUCUCUAGAUUCUGUGGAAAUCUCCCUGUCUCGAGUCUUUGAAAGUGGGCAGGCUUAUGUAGCCCUUUCCCGAGCCCGCAGCCUUGCAGGCCUUCGUGUUCUGGAUUUUGACCCUAAAGUAGUGAGAGCUGAUCCUACUGUGUUGCAGUUCUACAGGCAGCUGAAACGUCAUCAACUUCAAACCCAGGAUUCACUCCGCACCCACCCAGAUGAUGAUGAGAAAGAGAACUGGAAAUGCAGCUGAGAAUGUUUUUCUGGCCUCUGUGAGGCACCAGCAGAGACUGCUGAGUUGCAGCAACCUUGCUGUGAAGUAUAUGUGAUACCAUAAAUGAAGUUGAAGGUUUUUUAUUUCUUAAUUCAACUGACUCUGGAUACGUAGAAAUUUCCCAGUCCCAUUCCUCUGAAAUUGGGAAGUAUUCUACAGUCCCUUUCUGUUCCCAUGGUCUUGAGUACUUCUGUGUCACAAAAGUGACCAGCAAACAAAAUACUGAACAAGAAUGUGUCAGAGAGACCUUCCUAUGAUUUUAUCCUGACUGCAUGAAUACGUUUUAUCCUCCAAAUAUCUUGACUGUGAAACUUGGAUAUUUUUCUUCAAGUAUACUGCAGUUGAAGUUGUGUGUCCCUUUUACCUCAGUGGGCUGGACCCGUUCGCUAGAGCUGGCGACAUGAGGGAAAGCACUGUGAAGUAUCUAGAAUGUGUGUGUGAUUUUCCUGCAAGUGAGGAGCUGCUGGGAGCCAGGAUUUCACUGUAUAUUUUGUGCCUGGAUGUUCUUGCCUUUUGGAUGUUUAACACCAGUAGGCUUUGCUCAACUUCUUCCACAAACAAAAAUGUAAAGAGCUGCACAUCACCUGCUAUGCUGAUACAUGUCCUUUUUGUUAGUCUGUUGCAUGCAACAGCAUGUUUGUUUUUUUUUUUUUUAACCUUCCAAGAGGAGGUGGUAUUGUUACAGAUACGAGCAAAUCCUACUACUUAUACCCAUAAUUAUGGAACUACAAGAACUGGAAAGAUCUGUUACCCCUACGGCAAGAGGGGAGUGAGCAGAGAUGAGUGCUGAUGGGACCCUCUCUUCUUUAAACAUGUGAGGCUUUCAAACAGGAAGGAAUUUCUGCUAGAAACACAUCUGAGUAGUGAGGUGGAAGUUGAAUGUACAAUAGGAAAAUGACCGAGGACCUCAGAAGUGGGCUGUAACCACCUAUUUCAGUAAAAGCAGGGAUGAAUGGAACAAAUAUACUGUCCUUUUCUAAAAGCCUUAAUAAAACAUAAACUUUGGCCUUUG